CAUGUCUGAGCAAAAGGAAAGACUCUCUGCGUGUGUGUGUGAGAGAGAUCUUUUUCUAACUUUACUUUUUAGAAGAAAAUUUCAGGGGAAGAUCUUAGUUACUUCUCCAUAAAAAAUUACGAAUUUGAAUUUUCUUUCAAUUGAUUUCUAUUUUUUUAUUGGCCGGGAGUGAUGUUAAUUCUGGGUUUUGGGUGGCCGAUCUGGAUUUAUUUAUAGCUGUUGCAGAUUCACGGGGUGAAGGUUGGUUAACAGUUUGGUUGCAAACGCAGACUGAACUUUCUGUGUUUUUUCCCCCUGCUGUUUAAUGCUGGUGUCUCUCCCACUGAGAUUGUGGCGCGUGCACUCCGGAGAGCACUGUUUGUUCUUGAUUCUUCUUAUAAUUUUCUCAGGAUCUCGUUUCUUUUUUCUGUUAUACACGUACUGGUACAACAAAGAAAUACGGGGAUCAAUAGAGUGAGGGACGGGCAUGGAUGGUCUAGGUUUUAAGGCAGGGAUUCAUGUCUUCUCGACUCCGAUUUCCGCCGGUGGAGGUAUCGACGGCCGUGCGCACCUAGGCCAUGUGAGUGCCCUUGGACGUUCUGGGGGCGGUUCGUCCACCAACACCAAUGCCAUUUCUGUGGACAACUCCCCCGCCACCACCUCUGCGCCUCAGAAGACGUCUUCGUCCAGAUUCUCCUUCACGUACCCCCUCAGAUUUAUGUGGCCUGGUGGAGGGAAGGCAAAUCAAUCGAUUUCCCUCUACGACGACAUUGUUGUCCUUGGGGACGGAACGGAAGGCGGCGGACAAGGAGACUCAAUCCCCGUCGAAGUGCCAGAAAUUGAGCCGGUUCGGUCUAGGGAGAGGCGGGGGAACUGGGUUUUGAAAAUUCUUCAUGUAAGGUCUCUUUGGUCUGAACAGGGGAAAAGGGUUGUCGGUGAAAUGGAGCCAGAGGAGCAGAAAGAGAACGAUCUGGUAAACUGUUCGGGCAGAGAAUGUUCUUGCUGUCGAGCCUGUGAUGACGAGGAAUCUGGAUCUCGUGAAGAGGAUGCCCAAUUCGAUAGGGAUUCAUUCUCAAGGUUACUCCGGCGAGUGUCGUUGGCAGAAGCAAAGCUGUAUGCUCAAAUGUCGUAUUUGGGGAACUUGGCCUACUCGAUACCCAAAAUUAAGCCAGGAAAUCUCCUGAAAUAUCAUGGACUGCGUUUUGUUACUUCUUCGAUAAAGAAGAAGGAACAGACAACCAACAGUGCAAAGGAGCAGAACUUAUCAGAAGUUAAAGAAACAGAAAAGAAGCCAGAGGAAGCAAAAGAAGGUGAGGAGGAGAGGAAGGAUCGACGCCAAAUAAGUGCUUCUGCUGCAUACCAGAUUGCUGCCUCUGCCGCUUCCUACUUGCAUUCUCAAACAAGGAGCAUUAUUCCUUUCAAAUCUUCAAAGGCUGACACUGGGGAGGAUUCAUUGGAUGGGCAUAAGGAAACUGGUGAUAAUGUUAACAUAAUGAGCUCAGAAGUGGCUUCGCUUGUGGCAACUACCAACUCUGUGACAGCAGUUGUUGCAGCAAAGGAGGAAAUGAAACAAGCUGUUGUGAAGGACCUGAACUCAGCACAUUCAUCACCUUGUGAGUGGUUCAUAUGCGAUAAUGAUCAGAGUGGCACAAGAUUCUUUGUCAUUCAGGGUUCUGAGUCCUUGGCUUCUUGGCAAGCAAAUUUACUCUUUGAGCCCGUUCAAUUCGAGGGAUUAGAUGUGCUUGUACAUAGAGGUAUCUAUGAAGCUGCAAAAGGAAUCUAUGAACAGAUGUUGCCUGAAGUCCGUGCACACCUGAAGUCUCGUGGUGACUCUGCAAAACUCCGUUUCACUGGGCACUCCCUUGGUGGAAGCCUGUCCCUGCUUGUAAAUCUCAUGUUGCUGAUACGGAAAGAAGUGCCACCAUCUUCUUUACUUCCUGUGGUAACAUUUGGUUCCCCAUAUAUCAUGUGUGGAGGGGAUCAAUUGCUACACAAAUUGGGUUUGCCACAAAGUCAUGUUAAAGCAAUCACAAUGCAUCGCGACAUUGUACCCCGAGCCUUCUCUUGCAGUUACCCUGAUCAUGUGGCAGAGCUUCUCAAAGCUGUUAAUGCUAACUUCCGUAAUCAUCCAUGCCUCAACAACCAGAAAUUGCUGUAUGCUCCAAUGGGGGAGCUUCUGAUCUUACAGCCAGAUGAGAAUUUAUCCCCACACCAUCAGCUACUCCCUUCCGGCAGUGGUCUGUAUCUUCUCAAGUGUCCUGGGUCGGGUUCUCUUGACGCAGAGAAGCAACUCCGAGCUGCACAGAGAGUCUUCUUCAAUUCACCUCACCCACUUGAGAUACUUAGUGACCGAUCUGCUUAUGGCUCUGAUGGCACCGUUUACAGAGACCAUGACAUGAACUCCUACUUGAGGUCUGUGCGGGGUGUGCUCCGUCAGGAGCACAAACGCAUAAGGAAGGCUAAGAGGGAGCGUCGCCGCCACCGAAUGUGGUGGCCUCUCGUGGCCCCACAUGGUGUCCAUGCUGAUACAGUUGUCAGCAGGGAUGUGGUAUCCAACAACAUGGGUCAGCAGCAGGUUAGCUUCUCUGGUGUCUUGCGUACAGGUAGAGACUCAUUGAAGCGAUUUAGUAGGCUUGUUGCAUCGCAGCACAUGCAUUUUCUGGUUUUGUUCUUGCUCCCUGCACGGUUAUUAUUACUGGGUACAUUUGCUGUCGUCAAUUUGGGUUGAAGUUGCUCUGUGAUCCUGAGAAUUGUUAUGAUGGGGGGAAUUGUAAAGGUGGAAGCACCAGAGGCUGCUAUGAUGUCGAUGAUUCUUUAUUGAUUUGUUUUACAAAUACUACCUCUUCUUUCCCCUGAUAGGGGAAAUACCAGAAGUGUCACGUAAAGAAAAUGAAAUCAAAAAGGAUUUUACACCACACUACAAUUUGCAAAAGGGAGUUCCUUUUAA